AAUAGACUGCUCGCAUCUACCAAACUGAAAAAUUCCCCGAAAGCGAAAAACAGAGUCCCCCAUCUCCUCUGGUCUCGCGUGUGCUGCAAACACGACGAACAAGAAGAAGACCACCAAGACUACCAAGACCAAUGGAGCUACCGAAACGUCGUCGUUCACCGCGAUCCGCACUAUAACCUCCACUCACUCAGACUCUGAGCCAUGAGGAGCUUUCGCUUCUGAGCUUUCGCUUCUCACAUCAAAGAUCUAACCAGCACCAAAAGCAAUUGGAGUCAAAAACCGAAGAAGCCAAAUGUUGCCGCGUAGAUUAUCCGCCAUUUUUGGAGGCCUCGCUUCCACCACCACGACUGUAGCUACCGAGCUCCUCCCUACUCUCAAGGUCCAAACCGACAGGGAAGUCUACGGGCCCGGCGAUCAAAUCGUCAUCACCAUUGAGAUUUCCAACCCUAGCAACAAUGACGACAUGGCGUAUUCUCUGCUGAUCGAGCGCCUGGGGUUUGAGAUUAAAGGGAUUGAGAAGCUCGAUUCGCAGUGGUUCGCCACGCAGAAGCCUGUGCCUGGAUCCAAACAGAGAAGAGGUGAAUAUGUGUUCAUGGAAGCCUCGACGCCGGCGCUGGUUACCAAUCAAAUCGUUUCGCCAGGGGCCACAAAAUCAUACGUGGUGCGGUCAGUGUUGCCAAGCAUUAUACCGCCAUCUUACAAAGGUGCUACCAUUCGCUAUAUGUACUAUGUUCGGAGUACAAUGUCUGGACAAUGGCUGAUACUGGAGAAUGCCCACUCUCGUGGAGAAUCAGUUAAAGAUUUUCCAGAAAUGGAAGCUCGUACUCCAUUACAAGUAUGGGUCACUCAGAAGACCAGUGGCUUGGGAACAGAAGAGGGUCAAAGUGAUGGUAUUGUUCCUUCGGCAACCAUGCAAAUCGAUAUGUACUGGAAAGAGAUGGAUGGUGACUCUGAAUGGGUGAGAGCAAAUGAUAUAUAUGAUGGGAUUGAGGAUGGCUAUGAAAGCUCAAGGGAUGAGAUCUCAUCCGUUUCGUCUUACAAUCCUAUGAAAGAACAUAUGAAUAGAACCUUUGGAAGUUCAUUAUCAUUGCAAUCAGCAAGGUCUUCAAAUAAGGAUACAUAUCAUGAAGGAGAACGCACAAGUCUAUCUUCAAAUCUGGCACUUCCACUGCUCUCCGUCGCUGAAGUCAUGUAUGAUACUGGUGCUGAUGUCCAGUCGCCCAAGAAUUCCUCUGCCUUAGGCUCUCCAAGCAAGCAGCAGAAACGUACAAAGUCCCUUCCUUUAGAAGAUGAAGCAAGAGCAUCUACUUCACCAGCAGCUGGUGCUGCUGAAACCUUAGCAUCAGAAGGCUUUAUUCGAGGGAGGUCUUACAACAUCCGGCUGGACGACAAAGUUCUGCUUAGAUUUUCCCCAAAAAAUUCUGAUUCUAAUUAUUACUUCAGUGAUAUGAUUGGUGGAACUCUUACUUUCUUUCAUGAAGAAGGAGCUAGAAGAUGCCUUGAGGUUUCUAUAACAUUGGAGACUUCAGAAACUAUUAGUCGGCGAUAUGUCCAUCCUUCUCGGAAGAAUUCCCCUACAAUUACGAAGGUGAUCAGACGGUAAUUGAAGAAAAUCACAAGGCUUUCAGAAGGGAAAAGGGUGAUGUUAUGGAACGUGUGGAGUGAUGGCCGGGUUUUGAGUAGUGUAUCAAUAGAAAUUGAAGGAUUUUCGAGAGCUAUAGGAAGCAGGUAGGAAAGCUUUGCGGGUUAAGAUCCUGUUCAAAGAAACUCCCAACUGUUGCUCGUUUUUGUUUUGGAGUCUGUAGUAUAGGACUAUAGGGGGAGGAUAGAACAGUUCAUAUAUUUCUUCAUAGUUAUUUGUAGUUAUUAGUUCACUAGACAUGUCAUCCUCUGGUUGUCACGUUUGUGUGACGUAUUAAUUUUAAUAAAAUCUUCUUUCUCAUGAUAAAAAGCUGAAAGUUUCUGAAGAGGCGAGGCUAUUUUUCUUUGGUCUCUGCUUAAAACAAUGUUUUUUAUUUGGGUCUUUUUGUUCUAGAGUUAUUAGCCGACUUUUACUCAUUAGAUGGGAAUUAUUUGCAGAUAUAGGACACAGUUUUACUUUCAGAACAUUUAGAGUAUUCUUUUUCUUGGUUGUUUUUUUUUUUUUUCCUUUUUUCUUUUCUUUUCUGUUUAAGGUGUUCCCAUACUUGGUCUUUAGAAGUUUCCAAGAUAUGCAAGUGCUUUCUUGACUUUCAAGUCGGUCUUUGUGUGCUUAUUAGGUACUAGGAAAACGGAGACUUCGAGAGUCCGUCAACACUUUUCUGAGUUUCUCUAGAGCUGUAGAUGAUUCUUUGUACUUAAAUCAUAUCUUGAAUUCUUGAUAGCAAAAAUAUGAAUUACUUGGUCUGUUGAAGGCAUGGUUGUGUUGUGUGGUUGUCUUUAAGGGUGUUUAGGAUCCAAUAGGUAACUGAUUAACCAAUAGAGGGUCAUGUCAAUUCGGCACUAGUACUUGGAGUUAGGUCUGACCAACAAGAAAAUAGGUACUUAGAAUGAGAUUUAAAGUUUGAUGUUCCAAGACCUGGGGGAAUAUAAUGGUUAAGGUUUUGAUUGGAAAAGAUUUAAACUUUAGGGUAGAGAAGUUGCUGAUGUGUUGUAUUUUUCCUAAAGAACUUAUCUUAAGUAUUUUGGAUGUUUCAUUGAAGGCUAGUAGGUUGCCCAAAAGGGUGAAGUUCAUAAGAAGUGUGGUUUGGUAUGGGGAGGUUGGUAAUUUUAUGAAUGACUAUUUGCAGAAGUGUUGAUAAUAUCAUAAGAAGUGUGGCUUGGUAUGGGGAAAUUGGGAAUUUUCUGAAUGAUUAUUUGAAGAAGUGUUAGUGACAAGAUCAGGCACUCAAGAACAGCCUGAAGAUGCUUUAGGGCUGAAGAACCUAAAGACAGAACUGAGUAGAACUGAAUGAUAGAAGAAUUCCGAAACAGGUAUGUGUUGCAGAAGAUGUUGCUAGUGAUUAGGAAGGACUGGAGGGAAAAGACAAAUGGCAUAUGCAAAGGUAACAGGUAUGUGUUUGCAACACCUAAGGAGGAUGAUGAGCUUCAGGCCAAGAGUAUGGGUCCUCUUAAGGUGGCUAAGAGGAUCUGUAACAAUGUGUAUGCUUUGGACAUUCUUUUAAACCUUGGAAUCCUCGGAAUCAGUUCAACCUUUACAUUUGACCUUACACCAUACAGAUACCAUGAGCAAAGAAUACAGAAAGCUUUGUGUUCUCCACUCUACCAGAAAACCACCAUUGCCUCCCAUCCACCUUCUAUAAAUAGUUAAAUACUACCUCUCUAUCCCUUACCAGCUCAUCACCUUUUUCAGAUUGUACCUGGAUAAGAAGAGUUGAUUCGCCUUACUCCUCUUUAUGAGCUGUACGGUAGCUUCAAUUCGCCAGAGGCUAAUAGUGUCAAGUGGGAGAGAGUUAAUGGAGAUCAGAUGUGGACUUAUGAGCUUUUCAAAAUGGAUGAAAUGAUAGAGAAAUAAAAAUUAGAAGAGGCCAUAAUCAUUUAGAUUUGCUAGAGUCUUCUAGUUUCUACAGAGUUUUCACACGUCUUCUGGAUGUUUCAUUUAAGAUGCAUGUUUUUAGUUUUCUAAGGCAUUUCUGUCGGGUCCUUAAUAAUUUGACUAUUAGAAUUCCUAGAAGUCGUGAAUAUGGGUGUUGGGUCUGUUUCUGGUACAUUCGGUAGCUCUAUAUAAGAGCCACUAUGUAUUGCUGAAAAUGGUGAAUGAGAUUGCUUGUGUUCUAUCUCAUACAUAUCUCUUUAGUAAUUUGUGAAAAAAGAUUCUGCGAUUACAAGGACCGUUCUGGUGUAAUUCCAGACCCUUUAUUCCCUUCUCUCUUCAAUCCCAGUCUCAUUAACCACAACUCCCAUUCCCCUCACCUUUGUCACCCUUCUAAGACCUUAAAUACAACAACCCCUCGGUUGUUUUCAUGCAGUGUAGGGUUCUUUGUCUAGGCUGGUUUGGCAGUUUUAGUCUAUCUGUCUCCUUUUAGUGGACUCCUUGGCCACCUUGUUGUAUUAUGCUUGUCAUGAUUUAAUCGAUAAAAGCUGUUUCUCUAUAAGUAAAUAAAUAAAUAAUAAAAAGUUACAAAAGCUUGACUGGAUUGACUAUAAAUCAACACCAAUUCACAUUGUAAUGUCCCCGUCUGAUUUUAUAGAAGGUUACAGGUAAGUAUGUAAUGUGGUCGGCCUUGUUACUUCUCUGCUUCUUUCAUUGUAAAUUUCUGCCAGUUAAAGUAGUUUGAUUUAUGAUUGUUGAGACAUGUUGUAAUCCUUGGCAUGUUCGUUUUGAAAUUACAUUGCUUCAAUUUAUUAAUCCUAGUUUAUUUAAUUGCGCACAGAGUGAUGAGGGAAAGCCAACAAACUGUUGAGUAAUUUGAGGGAAAAAGUAUAGAUUUUAUGCGAGGAUGAAAUAAUUGAUAGUAUGUUUCAAUUAAUUUUUUAUGGGAGGCAGAUGGCUUUUUACAGGUCAUUUCCAUGCUUUACUUUUCUGCCAUGUGUCAUGUG